AUGAAGGAGCCAGAGGAGUUUGGACCACUAGUGUUUCAUGGCAGCCCACUUGGUUCAGGGGUUCAGUGUUUAAGCUUGAGACUACAGGUCAAAAGGUUUCAGGUGUUCGCCAUUAUCGACAGGAAACCGGUGAUGGACAGGUGCCCAGAAGAUGUGAAAGAACCACUCGAUUUUUUACCAUCGGUCUCUUUCAGCAACGUUCGCUUCAGCUACCCUUCAAAACCAGAAGUUGAGGUGCUGCGGGGCGUGACUUUUACCAUUCCCGCCGGGCAGCUGGUGGCCAUUGUGGGCCCCUCUGGCUCGGGCAAGACAACCUGUUUGCGCCUCAUGAACGGCUUCUACGACCCACCACAGGGAACAGUUGAGUUUUGUCGUCACCAGGGACAGCUCGUUCUUAAGGUCCGCGUGAGUGGCGUGGACAUCCGACACGUGACGGGGGCGUGGCUUCGAGCGCGCAUCGCCUUCGUGCAGCAGCAGACGACGCUGCUGGGUGCCACAGUGGCCGACGCCAUCCGCUGCGGCGUCGCCGGCAGUGACGCCGACGUCACGGACGUAGCCAAGAUCGCUGGUGUCCACGACGUUAUUGAUCAGAUGCCAAAGAGGUACGCCACCCCGUUGUCGGGCAACAUCAGCGACGACGUGCGGAAGCGGCUGGCCAUCGCGCGGGCGCUGCUCACCAACCCAGACAUCCUGCUGCUGGACAGCUGCUUCUCCUCCAUGGCGCCAGAAGUCGAGGGCGCCCUGCUUAGCGCCAUAACUGAGGUGCGUCUGCUCUCACUGACUCGGAUCCAAUUAUUUGCUAUUAACCAGCAGAUCAGAUCUGUAUAUGGGCCAGAGUCGCGAUUAAGAAGAAAUCACAGAGUGUACGUACGAAUGCGUGGUAUCGUGGAGACAUGA